GCUAAUCACAUGAUCUGUUUGAAAAUGAAUUUUGACCCGUUAUAAAAAUAUCUUUUUGGUUGUUCAUUUAUUUUUGUUGUUUGUUUUAAUGCUUUAUAAGCUUUAUAGACAAUAUAUUUCCGGAAAACUCUGAAUUUUAAAAUCAUAUAUAGGAAAGUCAAUUACAUGCAACAACACUUUUUGUCCAUCAGGGGGCCCCCCUCCACCCCUUGAACUCCGCGUAUGGCAGGAUCCUUUCUUAAAUUGAGGCAACUCUUAUUUGUUGCAGGCUGGAAUACUGCGGUAUCACACAGCAAGGAUGCAUUUCAUUGGCCGAGGCGCUCAUGUUAAAUCCCUCCCAUCUUCAAGAGCUGGGCCUGAGCUACAAUGUUUUGUGGGAUGAGGGGGUUGAGAUGCUCUCGAAAGGACUGGCUAGCCCACACUGCAUCUUAAAAGUCCUCAACCUGUCAGGGUGCCAGAUCACAAAGCGAGGAUGUGUUUCAUUGGCCGAGGCUCUCAAGUUAAACCCCUCCCACCUUCAAAAGCUGGACCUGAGCUGGAACAAUCUGUCAGAUGAGGGGGUUGAGAUCCUCUUGAAAGGACUGCCCAGCCCACACUGCAACUUAAAAGUCCUCAAGUAAGGAACUCAUCCAGUUUGUAAUCUUCC